UGCUGGUUUACUAAGAACUUAAAGUUUUCCUAGAAGGCUAUAAUGUUUUUCAGUAAGAAAAGGUGUAGAUCAUAAAAGGGGACAAAAGAGGAGUCUCAGGUUUUUAUCUAUUCUCUUAUUGGCUUCCCACAUCUACCCAUUGAGAAGACAAAGGGGAAAAUACCCAUUACAAGUAUGGAUAGUUUUGUAAAACAAAUUUCCUCAUUAGCCAUGUUCUCCCAUCCCUCAGAAAAGCAAGAAAAAGAAAAAGAAAAAGAAGAAAAUAUGCUUCAAUCUGUGCUCUGAGUUCAUCAGAUCUUUUAUCUAGAUGUGGAUAUCUUAUUUCAUCAUGAGUCCUUUGGAACUAUGGUGUAGACAGGGAUACGGCUUGUGCAGCAGAUCCUGCUGGCCUUGACCUGAGAGAAUGCCUCCGUGGCUGCUUAGUUCCCUUCCGUGAUGGGCUGUGGGACAAGUAAGGUCCUUCCUGAGCCUCCCAAGGAUGUACAACUGGAUCUGGUCAAAAAGGUUGAGCCUUACACUGGCCAUAAGACUGAUGUGUAUAAGCAUUUCAUCAAAGAUGAUGGAGUUGGGACCCUUAAAACUGGAUCCCCAUUACCCCCUUAUCACAUUCAACCAUAUCCAGGAACUCAUCUGGCUAGUCACAUGGAGCCUCAUGAGCCCCGAAGGACCAGAGUGGCCAAAUACCGGGCCAAAUUUGAUCCUCGAGUAACCGCUAAAUAUGAUAUUAAAGCCUUGAUUGGACGGGGCAGCUUCAGCAGAGUUGUUCGAGUAGAGCAUAAAGCUACCAAACAACCCUAUGCCAUUAAAAUGAUUGAGACAAAGUACCGGGAAGGGAGGGAAGUGUGUGAGUCUGAGCUGUGUGUCUUGCGACGGGUUCGCCAUACAAACAUUAUCCAGCUCAUUGAAGUAUUUGAGACACAGGAGCGCGUUUAUAUGGUAAUGGAGCUAGCCACUGGGGGAGAACUAUUUGAUCGGAUCAUUGCCAAAGGCUCCUUUACUGAAAGGGAUGCCACCCGGGUUCUGCAGAUGGUGCUAGAUGGGGUCAAGUACUUGCACACUUUGGGUAUCACACAUCGGGAUCUGAAGCCAGAAAACUUGCUGUAUUAUCAUCCAGGCACGGACUCUAAGAUUAUGAUCACUGACUUUGGGUUGGCAAGUGCCCGGAAAAAAGGGGAUGACUGCCUUAUGAAGACUACCUGUGGCACUCCAGAGUACAUUGCUCCAGAGAUACUGGUCAGGAAGCCCUACACUAACUCUGUGGAUAUGUGGGCUCUGGGGGUCAUAUCAUACAUCCUCCUGAGUGGAACUAUGCCUUUUGAAGAUGACAAUCGCUCAAGGCUCUACCGGCAGAUCCUAAAGGGGAAGUAUAGUUACUCAGGGGAGCCCUGGCCCAGUGUAUCAAAUUUGGCAAAGGAUUUCAUUGACCGUCUGCUAACUGUGGAUCCUGGUGCCAGGAUGACAGCUCUCCAAGCUUUGAAGCACCCAUGGGUGGUGAGCAUGGCUGCCUCUUCUUCCAUGAAGAACCUUCACCGCUCAAUUUCCCAGAAUCUUCUCAAGAGGGCAUCUUCUCGAUGCCAGAGCACCAAGUCAGCACAGUCUACACGCUCCAGUCGCUCUACCAAAUCCAAUAAGUCUCGGCGUGUUCGUGAACGGGAACUGCGGGAACUUAACCUACGCUACCAGCAGCAGUAUAAUGGCUGA